GUUUCCCAUUUAAACAAACAUAGCUAAUGCUGAAGAUGGCGGAUGCGUAGAAGUGGCUUAAAGAAACUGGAGUGUUUCACUGGAUACAUUUACACCGGUGCUGAUAUGUUUUAAGCAUGAGUGGAGUGGGUGAGAACUCACUUGAGCCGUUGUGCUCGGACAGGAAGCGCAAACUCUCCACAUGUGACACACCAGGACAAGGAUGUGAUAAGCGCAGGAGGGAACAGGAGAGCAAGUAUAUCGAGGAACUGGCUGAGCUGAUUUCAGCCAACCUUAGUGACAUCGACAGCUUCAAUGUCAAACCAGACAAAUGUGCCAUCCUUAAAGAGACAGUGCGCCAGAUCCGCCAGAUCAAAGAGCAAGGUAAAAGCUCAUGUGGUGAUGAUGAUGUCCAGAAGGCGGAUGUGUCCUCCACUGGUCAAGGGGUCAUCGACAAGGACCAUCUGGGCCCUCUGUUGCUGCAGGCGUUGGAUGGGUUUUUGUUUGUGGUGAGCCGUGAAGGCAGCAUUGUGUUUGUGUCGGAUAAUGUGACUCAGUACCUGCAGUAUAAACAGGAGGAGCUGAUCAACACCAGCAUCUACAACAUCCUGCAUGAAGAAGACCGGGAAGAACUGCAUAAAAACCUGCCCAAAAGCAAUGGCCCCAACAGUGUGUCAUGGGGAGGUGAUACAUCUCGUCAGAAGAGCCACACAUUUAACUGCCGUAUGCUGGUGAAGUUUGGAUAUGGUGGUCCUGGAGGUGAAGAAGGGGCCGGUGGGCCACGCUAUGAGACCAUGCAGUGUUUCGCUCUCACACAGCCUAAAGCAAUGAUGGAGGAAGGAGAAGAUCUGCAGUCGUGUAUGAUUUGUGUAGCACGAAGAGUGACCGCAGUGGAAAGGACAGAACGAUUCAGCACUAGACAUGAACUAUCAGGUAAACUGAUUGAGAUCGAGCAGCAGAGUCUUCUGCACACCACAAUGCGUCCUGGCUGGGAGGAUUUAGUGCGCCGCUGUAUGCAGAUGUUCCUGCAUCGCAGUGAAGGUCAGCCCUGGUCAUACAAGAGACACUAUCAUGAAGCAUAUGUUCAUGGUAGAGCAGAAACUCCACCCUAUCGCUUCUCCUUAUCGGAUGGCACUCCAGUGACUGCUCAAACGCGCAGUGAGCUCUGUCGAAAUCCAGUCACCAGUGACCAGCACACCUUCCUCUCUACUCAUCUUCUGCAGAGGGAGCAAAACGGAUACAGACCCAACCAGGGUGGUGUAAUGCGAUCGGUUAUGGGCAAUGCCAAUCCAAAUGCUCAGAUGGGCAUGGGCAACACUAGGGGCUACAGCAUGAAUGAACAAGGCCACAUGGGACCCAGAGGAGGAGCAAUGUAUGGCCCUGGAAACAGGAUGAAUCAGAUGAACCCGAUGCACCAGAUGAAUCAAAUGAACCAGAUGAAUUCGAUGAAUCAAAUGAAUAUGAAUCAGAUGAAUUGCAUGAAUCAAAUGAGCUCCAUGAAUCAGAUGAAUCAAAUGAAUCAGAUGAACUCUAUGAAUCAGAUGGGCCAUCCAGGUAUGAAUCAGCACCAGCAGGGCCAGUUUCACGGUGGUGGCGGCAGCUAUGGAAUGGGAAUGACAAGUCCCUCUCAAGGAAGUCCGGGAAUGAAUCCUGGUCAGCAGAAUCUCAUGGGGUCUCCGCGAAUACGAGGGAGUCCUAAAAUGGGAGCAAGUCCAUUCUCACCUGGAGGGAUGCACUCUCCCAUGGGUCCUGUAGGCAUGGGUGGCAGUAGUGGAUCUUCAGGUCCAUCGGUUGGAAAUACCUUCUCCAGCAGCUCAUUGAAUGCCCUCCAGGCCAUCAGUGAAGGUGUGGGAUCUUCUCUACCUUCAGCUCUCAACUCACCUGCCCACAAAUCCGACAGUUCUCCCAAUAUCAACUCCACUCAAUCCAGUCAGCAAGGCCAGAUCGGCAACAACAAACCCAUUACCAGUGACUCCAAGAGUCCUUCAAGUGCUCACAGCACAGGGUUAGACCAACAACAGGCCUCUUCUACGGAGAACACGGACAAACCAGACAGCCAGUCCAACAAGGAUGGAUCCGCUGGGGCAGAAGUCAACCGGAGAGUCCCUGACGGAAAAGGCCACAAGAAGCUACUUCAGUUGCUCACAUCUCCAACUGAAGAGAUUGGCAUCGGGACUGCGACUAGUGGACCUGUUCCAGGUCGUGCGUCCACUCCGAUGGGAUCUGACCCGAAGGAGACUGGAAGUGGCAUGAUGAGUCCUUCAUCCACAGGGGUGUCCUCUUCAUCCGUUUCAUCAUCCGGGAAUAACGUCAAUCAGCAAAGCUCAGGUGGAGUGUCAUCCACUGCUUGUCCUAGUGGACAUCACAGCACUCACACCUUACAGGAAAAACACAAGAUACUCCACAAGCUUCUUCAGAACGGAAACACACCCGAUGACGUGGCUCGCAUCACAGCUGAAGCCACUGGCAAGUCCUCGAUUAGUUCGGAGCACCCAGGUGCUGAGGGGAGGAAUCUGGAGCUCAAACAGGAGCAGCUCAGUCCGAAAGAAGGAAAAAAGCCACAAGCCCUCCUUCACUACCUCCUCAAUAAGGAUGACUCCAAAGAGCCCGGUGCUACAGAGGUCAAGCCAAAGCUGGAGGAGCUGGAAGCGAGAGGGGCAUCUGGAGGGCAGGGGUCAGGGGUCACGACCUCCAGUUCUGGCAACCAGGAGAGCAAGGUCAAGCUCGAACAACCUGAUGAGCUGGAAAGUUUGGAGAGUAUCCUCGGUGGGCUGAGGAAUCCUGGUCCUGGAAUGUUUGUUGAUUCUGGAUCUGGAGGGUCGGAUGGGGGCAAUAAGCAGGGCAAUGGACCUAACAGCACCGCCCAUGACCGGGAGGGUGUUGGUAUGGGUUCUGGUCAACGUGUGCCCUUCCAGAGGGCAGUGUCUGUUGAUGGAAAACCUAUGAGUGGGCCAGGGAUGACUGGUAGAAAAAGUGCACCAUCCUCUCUUGUCAAACAGGAGCACACUGAUAGCCAGAUUGGCAUGGGAGGUCCAAACCGGCUCAUGGGAAUGCCCAAUCGACCUCCAAUGGCAGGUGCGGGAGAUUGGAUGUCCAGUUCUGGCAGUCCUGCUGGUUCUGUUGGACACCCUGGCAUGGGUCGCCCAGGCAUGGACCACAAUCCCAAAAGCAUGAUGGGAGGUCCCAUGGUUAGCCGAUCUAACAGCGUUCCUGCAACCAGAUCCAUGUUGCAACAGCAGUUGAUGGAAAUGGGCCCGUAUGAUGUAGGAAUGAGUAUGAAUUCGUUCAGAGGGCAGGCUCCUCCACCACAGUCCCCUUCGUGGCCAGACAGUGGGAUGGGAAUGGAGGGAGCACCGAGUGCAAACAGGUUGCCGAUAAAUAGCCCUCUGGAUGAACUUCUGGCUCCUCCAUCCACCUCUGAGGGUCAGAGUGAUGAGCGAGCUCUGCUGGACCAGCUGGACUCUCUACUCAACAACACUGACGUCAUCGCUCUGGAGGAGAUCGACCGUGCCCUUGGCAUACCAGAUCUCAUCAACCAGGGUCAUAGUUCAGACCAGCCUCCUCCGUCGGACCAUUUCUCUGGUCCUUGUUUGGGUCCAGACUCCUCUAUGGGUAUGGAACCUCCCAAGGCGAUGUAUGGACAGGGCUACCCAGGGCCCCCUUCCAUGGGAAUGCAGGGCGGAUAUGGUCCUGGUCCCAACCCUGGUGCUGGUCCUGGACCCGGUCCCAUGCAAGGGCAAUCAGGACCAGGGUUCAAUCCCAUGAUGAGCCAGAUGAACCAGCAGGGUGGCUUCCCUGGGAUGGGUGGUAUGGGCCCAAUGCAUCCUCGUGCAAACAUGAUGAGGAACCGGGUGCCUCAGGCCAAACCCCUCCGAUUGCAGCUGCAGCAGAGACUGCAGGGACAGCAGUUUUUGAACCAGAGCCGACAGGCCAUGGGCAUGAGGCCUGAUGCCAGCCCUGCAGGAAACCCUGGCAUGAGACCCAGCAUGCAGCCAGGCAUGGGCGGACAGCCUGGUUUCCUGAAUGCUCAGAUGAUGGCACAGCGCAGCAGAGAAAUGCUGAAUCUUCAAACAGAGAUGAGAAGACAGAGGAUGAUGAUGAUGAUGCAGCAGCAACAGCAGCAACAGCAGCAGGUGGCAGCGGGAGGCUUCAGUCCCCCUCCUAAUGUCACAGCGCCCACAGGAAUGGACAACCCCAUGGCAGGACCACCGAUGAGCCAGCCCGGACAGCAAGCCUUCAACUAUGGAGGCAACUAUGGUAUUGGCCAGCAGGGGGACCCUUCAUUUGUGGGAACAGGUAGCAGCCCCCCUAACAAUAUGAUGUCUGGUCGAAUGGGUGGCCCUCAGAAUCCCAUGAUGCAACAGCACCCUCAGAGCAACCCCAUGUACCAAUCAGCAGAAAUGAAGGGCUGGGGACAGGGGCCCAUGCCUAUGAAUAAUUCAUACCCCCAGCAGCAGCAAUAUCCCCAACAGGGAGCGCCAGGACAGUAUGGUGGAAUGAUGAUGAACGGCUCCAUGCAGGGUGGUGUAAAUGGCAACGGUGCAGGACAGAUGCCCCCAAUGCAGGGCCAGAUGGGCAUGAACGCCAUGGGCAUGGGACGCAUGCCAAUGGGACCUGAUCAGAAGUACUGCUGAGGCGAUGAGCCAUCUCCGACAAAAAAAAAAAGGCCGGACUCACAUCAGUCCAACAAGAAGCUAUAAAUUCAGCCUCGCAGAAGAGAACAGUUGACUGAGAGAGGAAAGAGACAUAGAAAGGGAAAGAGAGAGAGACUCGAGCCUUCCCUGUGGGGUUUUUCUGAAUUUGCCCAGUAGCGAGUGCAGCAGGCUCUCUCCUGUCCCACGUGGCUGUACUGCAGUACACAACAUCACCACCAGGGGGAACAGAGUAGGAACGCUUGUGGUACAACUUGACAGUGUGGGGGAGCACUUUAUUUUAAGGCUAGUAUGGAAAAGGAUAGUUGCAAUAUGUUUCUUGCUUCUCUAGCCUUAUAGAAUGAUUCUGUGCAUAUUGUCUAUUUUGAAUUCGUUUUUUUUUUUCGGACAAGAAUGAAAACCGAGGGAAUUGUAAGCACCAGACCUUCAUCACUUAAUGCAUAUCAAAGCAAUAAUCCUCCUCUCAAUCCCACCGAAAUGGUGCGUCCACAUAAAAAGCAAAUGGUACUGCAGUAUUAAGACAGGAUUUUUUUUUUCUUUUCUGCUUUUUUUUUGUGUGUGAAUAAUAAGAUUGGAAUUGUAAAUACUGUAUGCUACAUAUGUAUCAUACAUGCUUUUACUACAUACUUUUUUUGCACAGAGUUUUUUGGACCCACUUAGGUCCUUCUUAUCUAUAUUUUAGGUCAAUACUUCUGGGUUUUACAUCUAUUUUAAAGGGAGAAAAUCUUUUAUUUUUUAUCUUUUUUUUCUGUUUCGUUUUCCCAACGAUGACCGCCAGUCUGUUUGGAUGGCACUUUUUCUAAAAGGUUUUGACAUCGCAGAAAUGUUAUGCAGUGACGGUUUCAUGAUUUAACUUCGUUUCCAGACGUGCUUCAGUCCGAAAUUAUAUAGAUGAAUAUAUAUAUAAAUAUGGUGCAAGUUUUCAGAUGGUAAGCAAAGAUUAUGUUUGAUGUUGCUCUUUAAGCUAGCUCUUAUCAUGGACAAUAACUCACUUUCUCACUGUUGGUUCUUCAGAAAUCUACCUUUAAGGAACAUGCACAAUCCAAAGAUAUUUUUUCAGUCUUUUUUUUUCUGUUUUCUCAAGUUUGACUACAGAAAUGUAUCCAUUUAUUAUAUAUGUUUUUGCGCAAAUGCGCAGAGUAAAAGGUACAUAUCAUAUGAACAUAUUACUACAUAUUAUGAUUUUGUACUAUAUACUGUGUACAUACAAAACCAAGUAUACCUGUUUAUUUUUGAGGCCAGUUAAUAUUUUAGCAGUAUUGUCUGUGCUUUUUGGAGGGUUUCUCUUUAUCAUGCGGUUUAUUCACUCUUCAGUUGACGUUUUGUAAGAUUUUGAUGAUUAUGAAUUCUCUACAGAACUGCCAAGAUUAAUUGUAACUAUCCAACUGGUUUUAAAACGUUUCUUAAACUACUUUUAAAAGCCGUUCAGAAGUGCUUUUAAAAAGUACAAGUAAUAAAGAGUCCAUUCAGACAGAAACGCUCAUCUAUGUAGUGCAGUGUCCUCGGCCGCUUCAUUAGUCCAGUCUUUUACCAUCAGUGACUUCAAAUAAUGUGGAUUCCCAGAUGCAGGAACGAAAUGUGGUGGGUAAUCUAAUAAUAAGUCAGUCUCUUCGGUCUUUUCAGGAAAGCUAUGCUAUCGUUUAUGUUCAUUUCGCUAGAUUACCGUCGAUUGUGACAAAGUAUAUUUUGAAAAAUGAUAAUUCCGGGAAAAUUGAGGUUAUUCUGGUGUGAUUUCAGAGCUGAUCGGUUGACCGAGGGGUGUGAAUUUGAAAGAUAAGCUCACAUUUUGCAGGAUGUAAAUUACAAUACACUUAAUUAUUUUGCUUGAUGUUGAUAUCGUUGUAAAUAAAAGUUCUAUUUAAACGUGA